AUGUUGCCUACUCAGCCUGGGCAAAUUAUCUUGUCUGCUACUCAUGAAUGGAUCAAAGCCUCUUGUGCUGUUGGUUUCAAAAUGGACAAAGUGAAAAUUUCCAUUGUUUGGGAACCUCCUUGUGCUCACAAAUUUAAAAUCAAUGUGGAUGAUGCUGAGUUAUGGGGUUUGUAUUUUGGGGUAAAGUAUGCAAUAGAUAAAGGCAUAUCUCAGCUUAUUGUGGAGAUGGAUGCCAAUGUUGUUGUACAGCCUAUACAACAAGUUCAUGAUCCGACUUGUCAUCCUCUUGGCACGUUGGUCUCUAGCUGUUGUGAUCUCAUGAAGCGGUUUGACAGUUGUGCUAUUCAUCACAUUUAUAGAGAGAAUAAUCGUGUUGCUUAUGGAUUAGCCAAUUGGAGUUAUAACUUAGAGCUGGGAAUAUUCUUUUUUGACGUGGCUCCUAUUUGGAUUAGUUCUCUACUUCUGGAUGAUAUGCUAGGUGUUGCUAGCACUAGAUUAGUGGGUGUUGUUUCUGUGUAG